AGUGGGCACCCUCACACCCUCACACCCUCAUUUAUAUUUCAUUGUUUCUCUCUCUUCCAACUAUUGGAGGCUUUGUCUAUGGUGUUUGUGAAAUCUCAUACAAGCACAAUAUUCGAUAACACCUUCUUCCAUCCUCAAAAAAUUAAAAAUUAAAAUAAAAAGAGAGGUGUAAAGAAAAAGAACUGAGCUUUCUCUAAUGGCGCCCACUUAAGGAUAGUGGGGAUCCUACUCACUUAAACUCUCCAAUUGGUAUUUCCUCAAAUUUGUCAAUUCUUCUUUUUUCUUUGCAAAUUAAAAUUUUUUUGAGAUUCUCUCUUUAUUUCCUUCUAGGAAGUUUUGGUGAAAUGGUGAGACAAAGAAUCCAGAUCAAGAAGAUUGAUAAUAUAACUGCUAGACAAGUAACUUUUUCAAAGAGGAGAAGAGGAUUAAUUAAGAAAGCUCAGGAACUUUCAACUCUCUGUGAUGCUGAAAUUGGCCUUAUUGUCUUCUCUUCUACUGGCAAACUUUUUGAUUUCUCCAGCUCAAGGAUGGCCGAAGUGCUUCAACGACACAUGCUACAUGCAGACAACCUCAACAAAUUGGAGGACACAUCACUUCAAUUGGAGGCUGAAGAUGGUUUGUGUAACAUACUAAGCAAAGAACUCGAGGACAAGACUCGAGAUAUAAGCCGUAUCAAUGGGGAUGAGCUUGAAGGAUUAAGCCUUGAUGAGUUGAUGAAACUAGAAAGACAAGUUGAAAGGGGUCAAACAAGAAUUCGCCGAGCAAAGGGUGAAAAACUUCGGAAAGAGAUUGUCACCCUCAAGGGAAAGGAGAUUCAAAUGGCGAAGGAAAAUCAGAUAUUGAAGGAACAGAUGAAAGAUUGUUCUAAAGAACAUUUUUAUCUGGUGCAAUUGGGGAAAACUCCAGAAUCUAAUACCGGUAUUCCAUCAUCGGCUGCAAUUCCAUGGCUGCCUCAACAGGAUUCCUUUAAUACUUUUCUUACUUUGGGUCCUACUAUGCACAAUCGAAAUUUGUGAAGCAAUUGGCAGUAAUGUUAUGGAGUAUAUGAAAGUAUAAUCAUUCACAGAGAAGGAUAAAGCUAUAUAUACGUCUUGACUUGUAAUUCUUGCAAGCUUUGUAAAACCCUAAUUUGAACGGUAAAAUAAUAAGUAAAUAAGCAGUAAGCAUGAGAUGAAA